ACACACAACAUCUAUAUAUAUCUAUCUAGAGAUUUUUCAGUUCAUCUAGUUUUGUUUAAUUAUUUUGAGCUUCAACCUUUGAAGCAUGAUGCAAAAUCACCAGCAGCAGAAGCAGGGAUUCGGCGGCGGAAUCAUUGGGCCGCAGUAUUGUGCUCCAUAUAAUGUUGACCUAGCAAUUGUGAGGAAGGUGUUGACUUUGGCUGAUAGUUUUAGUGUUACUGAUAUUAAUGGACAAACCCUCUUCACCCUUAAGGGGUCCCUUUUGACCCUCCGGGACCACCGUGUCUUGCUCGACGCCGCCGGAACAGCCGUUGUUACUCUUCGCCGGAAGCUUAUGACGGCACAUGAUCGGUGGCAAGUGUUCAGGGGUGAUAGCUCAGAUAUGAAAGAUUUGAUCUUCAGUUUAAAGAGAUCAUCUUUCUUCCAGCUGAAGACCAAAUUAGACGUGUUCUUAGCCCAUAAUACAGAAGAAAAAGUUUGUGAUUUUAAGGUUAAAGGAAGUUGGUUCGAGAGAUCUUGUGUUAUUUAUGCUGGUGAAUCUCUCAACAUUGUGGCACAGAUGCACAAGAAGCACACUGCUCAAAGCAUUAUGUUUGGGAAAGACAAUUUCAUGGUCACAGUGUAUCCCAACGUUGACUAUGCCUUCAUAGUUGCCCUAAUUGUGAUCCUUGACGAAAUCAACCAAGACAAGAACAGUGAUUCAUAAUGAUUCAACUUUGUUUAUUAUGUUUAUGUAGUUUUCUUUGUUUUGGUUCUUUCAAUUUCUUCUAGACGUUCACAUGAUACAAAAAGUAGAGUGAACAGAUUUUGUGGCCGGUCAUAUAUAUUUGUUUGUAAAUUUAUUUGAAUACUUUUUUUAAUUUUUUAUUACUUACGAGGUAUAUAUAUUACAACCACCAAUAACUCCAUUUAAUAACACAUUUUCGGACAUUGUCCUUUAGGAUUUAA